AUUUCGGAACAAAAUAUCGGCUAAAUCUGGUAAUAAAUUAAGUUUUAGCUGCAGAAAAUGAGCAUCAGUGAUCAGAGUGAGGACGGACAGCUUAUCAGUCCUGAUCAUUUCGGCGAGGAAGAAACAACCGAUUCGCUGGAUAUUAAACCCCCGCAAGCGGUGGCCGCCGAUUAUUAUUCCUCCAAACGCAAAGAAAAAAAGUCGAAACAUUCCCGGGAACAUCAUCAUCACAGUUCGUCCGCCGGAGGUGGUAGGGAACAUUAUUCGAGCUCCCGGCGAGAUUAUCGUAGUGGUGGACACCGAGAGCGGGAGCGUGACCGCUAUCACCAUGGCCGAAGCAGCGGCAGCGGACGGGACCGUAGUGGUCACGAGAAGGAUCCACGAUACCACUCGUCGUCCGGGGGCGGAGGGCAUCACUCGCGGGAUACACGUUACGAAAUGAACCCGUUCUACGGUGAAGUUCGCGAAACCUAUCACAGUAAGAGGGAACGGAACCGUGAGUAUUAUGAGAAGGAGAGAAGCAGUCGAAGUAAGAAGGAAUCCGAAAAACCCGAUGCCGAUAAGUUGCUGGAAGACCUAAGGACGCGUUUGUUAAAUAAAAAAAGCCGGUAUGAUUCCUCGAAACAUCAUCAGGAUCAGGCUCAGCAGCUGCAGGAUCUUCAAAUGCAGCAGCAGCAAUACGAGGCGGAAAGCCGCCGAGAAAAGCGUCACCGCCAUCGGUAUCAAGAACGAAAAGUUGAACAGACGGAGAUGGAAUAUGUGGAAAUUAUGGAAAGUCCGGAAUAUCCAGAGGAACAGAAUGCCGAAGAGACGGUUGAGGCAAAAAUUAAAGAACACAACGAACGUAAAGCCCGGUUGAUCGAGGCUGAGCGCCAAAUGGCACGCCGCAAGGAAGCGGCCCGCGAUGAGUUGGAAAUCCGACGUUUGAUGCGCCUGGAGCGAAAUAAUGUUGAAUUUUCACCGGACGAUGCGUCUAAAAAACAACCAUCGCAGUUCGAAGAUGAUGAUGAUGACGAACCAAUGGAAAGUGCGGACGAAGAAAUCAAGAAGAAAAAGAAGAAGAAGAAAUCUAAAAAACGAGCAGACUCGGAUCAAUCGGAGAAGGAGGAAGCAAACAGCGAUGAGGAGGAGGAAGACGAAGAGGAUACCAAUUCGGACAGUUCCACUUCCAGCAGUGAUUCCGAUGACUCACAGGAGGCGUCGGAUGACGAAAAGCCUCCCGCCAGUCCGCUGUCGGUAGGCGAUCUGGUAAAGUCGGAUCGGCGACAUAGAAGCGAGUCCAGAUCCCCGUCCGGAUCGCGAUAUAGGUCACGGUCGCGUUCGCGAUCAACGCGUUCAAGAUCCGGCUCGGAAUCGAGCCGAAGCCGAUCGAGAAGUCCACGCAGGCGACACGAAAGCAGUCGCAGUGUUUCUCCGAAAUCCGAUCACGGCCGUGACCCGGAUCACAGUCAGAAAUCAAAGGAAAAAGAAGAACCGAAAUCACCUCCGAUGGUAGUGGAAGAGGAGGAACAAUUGCCACCUUACAUUCCCGGCAUCCAAGGCUGUCGUUCGGUGGAAGAGUUCCAGUGUCUCAACCGCAUAGAAGAAGGAACCUACGGGGUGGUUUACCGAGCAAAGGACAAACGAACGGAAGAGAUCGUUGCCCUGAAACGACUCAAAAUGGAGAAAGAGAAGGAAGGUUUCCCCAUAACGUCACUAAGAGAAAUUAACACUCUACUCAAAGGUCAACAUCCGAACAUCGUAACCGUACGGGAAAUUGUCGUUGGUAGUAACAUGGACAAGAUAUUCAUCGUAAUGGAUUAUGUCGAGCACGAUCUGAAAUCACUGAUGGAGACUAUGAAGCACAAGAAGCAGGUUUUCCUGCCAGGGGAGGUGAAAUGUCUAACACAGCAGCUGUUACGAGCGGUGGCUCACCUGCACGACAACUGGAUCCUUCACCGUGAUUUAAAAACCUCCAACCUACUCCUGUCCCACAAAGGCAUCCUAAAGGUGGGCGACUUCGGGCUGGCUCGCGAAUAUGGAUCCCCGCUGAAAGCGUACACAUCGAUUGUGGUCACCCUAUGGUACCGUGCUCCGGAGUUGCUACUCUGCUGCAAGGAAUAUUCCACCCCAAUCGAUAUCUGGUCUGUGGGGUGCAUUUUCGCCGAAUUCCUCGCUAUGGGUGCACUCUUUCCGGGUAAAACGGAAAUCGAUCAACUGAAUCGAAUUUUCAAAGAACUCGGAACGCCAAACGAAAAGAUUUGGCCUGGCUACGGGCAACUGCCGGCCGUGCAGAAGAUGACCUUCGCCGAGUAUCCAGUGUCGAAUUUGCGCAAACGAUUCGCCCAUCAAACCAGUGAGCUCGGCAUUAAUCUGCUCCAGGGGCUGCUGACGUUCGAUCCGAAGCAGCGCCUAACGGCGGAAGCGGCCCUCAAGCAUAGCUAUUUCAAGGAGUUGCCGCUGCCAAUUGAUCCGGCAAUGUUUCCUACCUGGCCGGCGAAGAGUGAGCUGGGGUUAAAGAGGGCCCUGGCGUCCAGUCCGAAGCCGCCUAGCGGCGGCGGGGAGUUUAAAAAAUUGGGAGAUGACGCUGUUCCUGAGAAUCCUGGAUUCCACUUGGGAGGAACCUACACCGAAUCCCGGCAGAUGGCUAUGGGGCCGGGAUUUAGUUUGAAGUUUUGAUAAAUAAGGUAAUUUUCUGCUGCUGGUCGAAAAGUUGGUGGAAAAAGGCAAACGAAUAAAUCUAGCGCGUUCUUAGUAGAACCGCUUUGUCAUAGCUCAUAUCUAACAUGCUCUGAUAACGCGGGUAAUGGGAAAUGCGGUUCGCACGUUUUUACAGCCUGUAAUCAGUUGAAGGCGAGUGGUUAAGCACGCAAGAUGUAUUAUCGCUUGUUGUGCUUCAGUUGCGUGAAUCUUCGGACGUGAUAGAUUCUACCAUUUAUAUUGCCGCCAGCGUAUUUUCGUAGAUUAAAAGAAGCCUAACAAAUGAACGGAAAUAAAAAAAAAUACACUGGUUCACAAAAUGUGUUGCAUUUAAUUUACAAUAAAAAAAGUGAAUGUUUAAAAAACAACCACAAACACAUAUUUCUGUACACUCAAUAA